CUUCUUUUCACACUCAUUGUGAAAACGUUCUUGCCGACUCUGGUAAGCUCAUAUAGAAAACCAUCAAAACCUCAACAAGUAUAAUGCUACUCACUCAACCACAUAAUCGUUUCGACCCCAACGUCGUCUGGAAGUCCGACUUAAACGGAUCCUCUCGCGGGUUCCGUCGUUCUGACCAAGUUAGCGCCGAUGAAGAGGAUCCGAGCAAAGUUCUGCUUAGUCUACUACAUCGUGACCAAGGCAAGGCAAGCCCCAAGGCUGCCAGCGAGAGUGCGAGAACAGAGAGUACUAUGAGUUCAACUUCAGAGUUAGAAUAUUCUGAUGAUGAUCUGGACCGUUAUUUCGAAGCACAGAAGCAGAUGCUUGAACUGGGGCUACAACGAGCCCUUCUGGAAGAACAUGGAGACUCGGUGGAUCGCCAGGUUUUGGACCAGGCUUGCCACGAGCUAGUUGAUAGGACAUUUCGAGAGGUCGAAACUGCGCGAGCAGAUGAAAUAGACCCUCGAACGAAUCGUUACAUGAAGAGAGCAGAAGAUUUGAGUGAUUAGAGCCAUUCCUACAUUCUGAACAUUUUACAUCAUCGUCAAGACUACCAAAAUUAUGAUUACAACAUUGCCGUCAACAAUACUAUCGGCCUGACAGCCGUUGGUGUAUCACUAUAAGACGCCGUGAUAAUUAGCGUCAUCGUUGCUCACUUGUAUCUCCGUAUAUCUCAAGUUCGUACCAUACGACCAAAUACGCUGUCCACAUCGUACUGUUCACCAUAGACUCGUUCUGAGAAUGGUAUUUGACUUUGGAACUCAGCUUCACUCACGCCGUCUUGUGGAGGCGUUUUUGCUUGUUCUUAUGAGGUGUCGUUAUUUUUGUGAACCGUUCGCAAGCAAACUUCGCUUGACCGAUAGGUGUGGUGGUAACUUUUGGGAAUCCUCUUCCCUUCUGUACCGGUUUCACAUGCUCCUGUAUAGGGAGACGUCGCCGCUGACACCGUGUUGUUGCUUUGGCAAGUCUAUCUUUACCGUUCACUAAGGUCUCUGGUCAGUGAAACCGGGAAAUCGGCAACAACAUAUAUCAGGUUUGGUUGCUAUUCGCCGCCACAAGCGGGCCUUUCUAUCCGCUCAGUUGUGGUGAACUCGGUGUUAUGAUUUCGAGUAUCUGUGUAUAUCAGGCGCUCGUGCACUAUCGAGUAUUAUAGUUGUACGUCACGUACAUCUAUGAUGUAUCAAAGUCUCGAGCGAAUGACUGCAUCACUAUUUACUGGGUAUCAUUCGUAGUGGUAGUUUCACUUGAAGCUUUGCAGUGUGUAUAUCCUACAAUCGAACUUGGUGUAUGAUCUACUGUGAGAAUUAUGGUGCUGGAUCACUCGAUCCUUUCUGUAUAUUUGUUGAGCUGCCAUCGACCACGGUGAGAUGUCGCUCAAUCUCUCAAUCAUGGUUCGAUCUACUUCUAAUAGCAACGCCAGCGUUAUUCUGAUCUAUCGAGACGCCUAUGUUAGUGUCGUUGGUUAGCAGAACUUGCGACUCUCCUACUGUUUGUCACUCUAUGUGAAGUCGCAGUCACAUUCUGCCCGGUAUCGCAGUGAUCCUUGUUUGUUGUCGACAUCAACGCAAUUCUAUUCAAACGGCUGGUGUUAUUGAUGUUCCUCACCGCUCUGGCUCUAUUUCAAUCGCUCCUCAUCCUUCAUCUCUGUCGUCGAUUUAUCUCCUGGUAACCAUCUCCUCUUGUACGUGAUUGAAGAAUGGUAUCCGUCUUAUGUCAACUAUGUUAUAAUCUCUAGUACAUUGUCUAUGUAGUCGACGUCAUCAUUGAUGCUACUCUCACAAGUAAGUCAUCACUGUAGAACAUCUCAUAAUCAGAAGAAUAUAGGUCAUCUCCACUAAAAGGGUGCUUCGUCCUUUUUACAUAGCCGCACUUUGGGCGGUCUGUUGUCAGUAGUGGUCAUGAAGAAUCACCUCGAGCGAUAACAAAAAAUCGAGUGAGAAUAAGCUCAUUUCCUUGUGGGGUGGUGAAUGCAAAUCCCCUCACCUCUUCUUCAUGAUCGUAACAUAAAACUUCACGGUAUUUCUCGUAAUGGUCUUAAGUGCAAUUUAUGCAGCAUGCUCGCAUCUUUUGCGGUGAUGACAGCAGCUGUGAGUACUUUAUUCAAUUGUCUAAUCGUAUGCGCCAAACAGGCACAUCUUGUCGCCGACGUCUUCCGUUAUUCACAAGAGGAAGUAUGUUGGAUGGAUUGUUGUUGUUACUGAUGUGUAAUAGCAGUAGUAAUUCCUACUGCGGUUUCACAGCCAUCCCUAGACCACGAGAUGACGUACUCGGAUUGCGUCGCUAUUACUUGCAUUUACCGG